AUGCAGCUCCUGCCCAGCCUCUCCCCCGUCACUUGGCUGCUCCUCGUCGCCCUCCUGUGCCUCGUGGCCCUCUAUGGGAUAUGGCCCUACCGGACCUUCAAGAAGCUGGGCAUUCCUGGCCCACGGCCUCUGCCAUUUGUGGGAACUUUCCUGGAGUACCAGCAUGGAGUCCACAAUUUUGAUCAGAAAUGCUUUGAAAAGUAUGGAAAAAUCUGGGGGUUUUAUGAUGGCAGGCAGCCUGUGCUGGCUGUUUUGGACCCCGUCCUAAUCAAAAACAUCCUGGUGAAAGAGUGCUACAGCAUUUUUACUAAUCGCCGGAACUUUCGUCUGAACGGGAUCCUGGAGUCGGCCCUCAAUGUGGCUGAAGAUGAGCAGUGGAAAAGGAUUCGUACAGUGCUGUCUCCAACCUUCACCAGUGGGAAGCUGAAGGAGAUGUUCCAUAUCAUUAAUCACUAUGGUGAAAAAUUAGUGAAAAACAUUGAGAAGAAAGUGGCUAAUGACGAGUUUGUGGCUGCAAAGGACAUUUUUGGAGCUUACAGCAUGGAUGUGGUGACCAGCACUUCUUUCAGUGUCAAUGUUGACUCCAUCAACAACCCCAAUGACCCCUUUGUCACCAACAUUAAGAAAUUUCUCCAAUUCAGUUUCAUAAGUCCUGUGUUCUUACUUUUAGUGUUGUUCCCCUUUGUUACCCCUGUGCUGGAAAAGAUGAAGGUGACUCUGUUACCCUCAGAUGUCAUGGACUUCUUCAAGAAUGUCUUCACCAAAAUGAAGAAGGAACGGGAGAAGGGCAGCAGCACGGACCGGGUGGAUUUCCUGCAGCUCAUGAUUGAAUCGCAGAACUCACACGAUGGCUCCAAGUCUGCUGAGACCAACUUGGACAAAACAUUAAGUGAUGAGGAGAUUCUGGCCCAGGCUCUUAUCUUUGUCUUUGCUGGUUAUGAGACCACCAGCUCCACCCUCAGCUACAUAGCCUACAACCUGGCCACCCACCCUGACGUGCAGCAGCGACUCCAGGACGAGGUCGAUGCACACCUGCCCAACAAGGCCGCUCCCACGUACGCUGCCGUCACUCAGAUGGAGUACUUGGACAUGGUGGUGAGCGAAUCCAUCCGGCUCUACCCCGCCGGGGGCCGGAUCGAGAGGGUCUGCAAGAAGACAGUGGAGCUCAAUGGAGUGACUAUUCCAGAGGGAAUGGUGGUCAUGAUCCCAGCCUUCGUGCUGCACCGGGACCCACAGUACUGGCCAGAGCCGGACGAGUUCAGGCCUGAGAGGUUCAGUAAAGAGAACAAAGAGGGUAUUGACCCCUACACCUUUCUGCCAUUUGGGGCUGGCCCCAGGAACUGCAUAGGGAUGAGGUUUGCUCAUCUUGUUGUGAAAGUGGCUGUGAUUGUCCUGUUGCAGAACUUCUCAUUCAGACCCUGCAAAGACACACCGAUCCCACUGGUCCUGGACUCGAAAGGUUUCAUGCAGCCAAAGAAGCCCAUUGUCCUGAAGAUGGUCCCCAGAGCCCAGGCUGACCUGAAGAAGUGAAGGAAGCGGGAUCAGAGCAAGAGACUCUUAUUUAAUGGUGCCUCCUCCGGCUCUUGAGAGGGGACCAGGUUAA